AUGGCGAUGCGGAGGAGGCUGCCGCAGUUCCAGGCCCUCCUCGCGCAGCAAGCCCUCCGCAGCGCCUUCCCAAAACCCAGACCCCUACCCAGCCCCCACAGCCGCCUCCUCCACUGCCCCUCCACGCCAGCAGCCGCCUCCAGCUCCCCGCUGUCCCACUCCCACCCCCUCUGGCGUAGCCCAGCCAGCGCCGGUACGCUCCUGCCGGUUAGCGCGGCGGCCGUUGCGGCGGCCGCCCGGGCCGCCGCCAAGCGGUGGCUGACCGCGCGCGCCGCCGGGUCGCUCGAGCUCUUCUCGCUGCAGCGGAGGAGGUCCUCGGACUUGCUCUCUUCGUCCUCCACAUUCCUCCGCCGCGUACCCUGGGGGCGCUGGCUACCAUCAGCAGACGGGAUGGUGUUGAUGCUUAUGGGCGCGAAUGUGGCCGUCUACAUGCUCUGGCACAUGGCCAGUCCGGAUUUCAUGAAGGAACAUUUCUCGAUUUCGCUGGACAAUCUCAAGAGCGGGCGGUUGCACACAUUGCUCACUAAUGCCUUCAGCCACUAUGACUCAGGUCACCUCUUCGGCAAUAUGAUGAGUCUCUACUUCUUCGGUUCAAGUAUUUCGAGCACGUUUGGCCCUGCUUUUUUGUUGAAGCUGUACAUAGCAGGAGCACUUGUUGGAUCCACAUUCUUCUUGGUAGAUAAGGCUUUUAUAGCUCCAAGGAGACAGGUUCAUGCAGGAUGGAACAUGUUAAGAAGUAACGCGCUUGGUGCAAGUGCUGCAGUUAAUGCCAUUGUGCUUCUUCACAUUUUUCUCAAACCAAAGGGACUAAUCUACCUUUACAUGAUCAUUCCUGUUCCAGCUGCCUUAGUGGGGGUUGCUUGGAUUGGUCUUGAUUUGUGGAGGGUGAACAAGGGUCAGGGUCAGACAUCAGGUGCUUCUCAUUUAGGGGGUACCCUAGUGGCUGCUCUUGUGUGGGCUCGAAUUAGGAAGGGCUGGAUCUGA